GGCAGCGCCGCCGGGCUCGCAGCAGCGCCCGCCCGGGUGCAGCUGCUUAGAAGAUCGAGGGUGACACCCGACGGGAGAACAGGAAGGGGCCCUGCAGGGAGCUCUGCCUGCUCCAGGGUGGGAGUUGGCAGCCCUCAGUCACAGUCUGUCAGAGCAUUGUGGGCCCCCGUGGGAGCCAGGAGCAGCUUGUGGUGGACCUGUUGUGCUCGUGCCAUCUUAUGGUGGUGCCAGGGCCUCGCUGUGUGCCCAGGCAAGGUGAUGGACAGCAGGGGGGAGAUGGAGGUGGUGAGGAGCACCAAGGGCAGUGCUGCUGGAGAGGUCAGUGUCCACGUGGUCACCACCGAGAGCACUGUGCAGAGCACCCACCUGCCCACCACUGCCUUCAUCAUACCAGCAAAUGCCACUGCCAUCAACCUUCCCACGAGCACCUUAGAAAUCCAGCGAUUCCCCCGGGAGCCGCAGAGAAGCACAGGGGCUGAGAAGCCAGACAGGGGAGCAGGGAAUGAGCCCAUCACAGCUGCUGUCAUUCCCCAGAUCAGUGGGGUGCAGACCUGCAGCACAGUCCGUGUGCUGGAGUGGAAAGAUGGGGUGGCAACUUUGCCUGGGAGUAACCUGCGGUUCCGGAUAAAUGAGUACGGCACUCUGAAGGUGGUGAGUGCUGAUAAGAUGCCUCCUGUGGAAGCUGUGAAGGAGGGUCACACAGAGAAAGAUGGGGACUCUGAGGUGGCACCUACCAGCAGAGACAAUCCUACUGUGGCUCAGGACGUGCCGGAGCAGCCCACGGCAGAAGGUCUGUGCCACUGCGAUACCUGCGGCCGCAGACACGUGUGGGACGGGGCCUGGGAGGGCAGGGGCUUCUGCAGCGAGCACUGCCACCAGCAGUUCAAAGAAAGGUCUGUCAUUGUGGAAAACUCUGCCAGCAGCACCAAUGUCACUGAAAUCCUCAAGCCUGUGAAGAAACGAAAGAGGAAGGACUAUCAGAGCCCCUCGGAGGAUGAAUAUGAAUCUGAGCAAAUGGAGGAAAAGCAGGAUGAGAAGAAAAGCUCUGUGGAAGACUCUGCCAUGAGCAAUCUGGAGGCUGAGGCGUGGAACGGGAGCCAGCACGGUGCCAGUGAGGAGAAGAAAGAAGGCUGGUCUUGGGCGUCCUACUUGGAGGAGCAGAAAGCUGUCGCUGCCCCUUUAGAUCUCUUCCAGGAUUACCAAGUAGCUUCCCAGCACAAGAAUGGCUUUAAAGUGGGGAUGAAGCUGGAGGGGAUCGACCCGCAGCACCCAUCUAUGUACUUCAUCCUGACAGUGGCUGAGGUGUGUGGCUACCGGAUGCGUCUCCACUUCGAUGGCUACUCGGAGUGCCAUGACUUCUGGCUGAAUGCUGACUCCCCUGACAUCCACCCUGCUGGCUGGUUUGAGGAGACGGGGCACAAGCUCCAGCCCCCCAAAGGUUAUAAAGAAGAAGAAUUCAGCUGGACAAACUACCUGAAGUUAACAAAGGCUCAGGCAGCUCCUAAGCACCUCUUCAUGGUCCGAAACACUCACGAGGUUUCUCCAGGCUUCAAGGUGGGCAUGAAGCUGGAAGCCGUGGACCGCAUGAACCCCUCCCUGAUCUGUGUUGCCACAGUGACUGACGUGGUGGACAAUCGCUUCCUGGUGCACUUUGACAACUGGGAUGAUACUUAUGACUACUGGUGUGAUCCCAGCAGUCCAUACAUCCACCCAGUUGGAUGGUGUCAUGAGCACGGCAAACCCCUCACACCUCCUCAAGAUUAUCCUGAUCCUGACAACUUCACCUGGGAAAAGUACUUGAAAGAAACUGGAGCAUCUGCUGUCCCAGCUUGGGCCUUUAAAGUGCGCCCGCCCCACGGCUUCCUGGUCAACAUGAAGCUGGAAGCAGUGGACAGGAGGACUCCUUCCUUCAUCCGAGUGGCCAGUGUGGAGGAUGUGGAAGAUCACAGGAUAAAGGUCCAUUUUGAUGGCUGGAGCCAUGUGUACGAUUUCUGGAUUGAUGCGGAUCAUCCGGACAUCCAUCCCAUGGGCUGGUGCUCAAAAACAGGACACCCAUUGCAGCCUCCUCUCAGGCCAAAGGAACCAGCCUCCUCUGCCCAUGGGGGCUGCCCAAGCCUUGGCUGCAAGAGCAUCCCUCACUCCAAGAGCUCCAAGUACAGCUUUCACCACAGGAAGUGCCCCACACCGGGCUGCGAUGGCUCAGGCCAUGUCACGGGGAGGUUCACAGCCCAUUACUGCCUCUCAGGGUGCCCGCUGGCAGAGAAGAACCAGGGCAGGCUGAAGGCUGACUUGUCUGACACCGAGGCCUCGACACGCAAGAGGAGCCCAAUGGGUUUCCCUCAGCGAAAGAAAUCUCGGCACCACGGGAGAGGGAGACCUCCAAAGUACCGGAAGAUCCAGCAGGAAGACUUCCAGACUGUUUCUUCAGACAAUGUGCACCAGUCGCUCUUCAUGUCUGCCCUGUCCGCCCACCCCGACCGCUCCCUGUCCCUGUGCUGGGAGCAGCACUGCAAGCUGCUGCCAGGGGUGGCUGGCAUCACAGCAGCCACGGUGGCCAAGUGGACCAUUGAUGAGGUUUUUAGCUUUGUGCAGACUCUGACGGGCUGUGAGGACCAAGCCAAGCUCUUCAAGGAUGAGAUGAUCGAUGGCGAGGCGUUCCUCUUGCUGACGCAGGCUGACAUCGUCAAGAUCAUGAAUGUCAAGCUGGGUCCGGCACUCAAGAUCUACAAUGCCAUCCUCAUGUUCAAGAACGCUGAUGACACCUUAAAGUGACUUCUCUUGGCCCAGCCGGGAGCCUCCCUCAUCACUGGUGCUGCCAAACUGUCCAGUCAGGACAGAGAUUCCCCCAGCCGACUGCAGCUUGUCACGUCCUGCUCGUGUCCUCCCGGAUGCCACACCUUGCCUCUCCCACCAGUCCAUCUCCCACCGUGUUCCUUGCACGCUGCCCUUCUGCAGCGCUGGGCCCAGGCUGGCUGCAGGCCUCGGGGGCGGUGGCAGGAAGGAGGGCAGAUGUGGCACUGGCCUGUCUUGGUGCCACAGCUGUCCCCACUGUGUCCUGCUGUGCCUGCACCGGGUCGGAGGUGCUGAGGGCCAGGGGAGCACUGUGGAGGGUGUCACAGCAGCGGGCUGACACCUACUCGAGUCACCCAGGCAGGGCAAGGGACUGACUGCCUGCACCCAUGCUCACACCCACUUAAAGGCUGCUCUUGCCUUUGCUCAGCAGCUGAGAGAGAUUUGGGAUUUUUCCCUCUGUAUGAUCCUCUGGGGGUACUUGUACUAACAUAAUUUCCAAGGAACAUUCUUUAGGAGCUUCUGCUCAUUUUGCCUUUUUCUCUGAAUUCUUUUGACUUUCCCUUUUUAAGGCCAGUUGAUGACUGCUUUGCCCCUGCACUGCACUGCAAACCAGUGGCCACCUCUUGCCCCUUCAGGUAGCAGCUGUCCUGGCAGCUGCUCUGCUCAUGACCAUCACCUGUGCUUUCUUCCUCUUUCCUGAAAUUCAGCAGCCCCAGGGCCCUGCCAGGCCAGGGCUGGCUGGGUGCAGAAAAGGCUCCAUUUCUUCUUGUGCUUCAGACUGUUUUGUCCAGCACUUCUCUGGGAGAAAGGAUGCUUGGAUAGCUUGUUCCCCCUGUACUAUUAAAGAGUCCUUUACAAAGGAAGUUGGGCCCACUUUGGUCCUUGUCUUAGAAGCAAGGCCCUCUCUAGGAUGGAGACAGCUGCCAAGGACAAGAAGCAUCCAUUGCUCCAACAGGCAGAUCCACAGUCACUUCUGGAGGUGUUCCUGAGUUGGCUGAGUCAGUUCUGCCAAGCUGCCUUCUCCCCACUCUUUGUCCUCACAAGGCACCCAGGUUUUGCUGUCUGAAGAGCAAGAUCUUUUGGUGUCCCUAGAUCCCUUACCUGCAGAGCUAAAAGAAAUCCAGCACAGAACUGGUUUGUUUCUGUCCUUUUCAGAACAUAGCACCUUUCCAACAGGGCCGCAGGCAGUUUGGGAAUGUUCUUGUAACACUGUCCCUUGUGAUGGAGGAGGGAACAAAGGGCUGCAGAGCCAGAAAAGCCAACAUUCCUGGGGGUCCUGGCAUAGUUCCAGCAGCUUCUGAUAGGCUCCUGUGCCUCCUGGCAGUCCCCACACUGGUCUCCAUGGUCCAUCACCCUGGCACAGCUGCUGUGGGAGCUGUUGGAGCAGGGGUUGGCCAUGCAGUGCUGCAGGAUGGCCACCUGCCCAGGCAUCCAGUCCCAGGUCCACUUCCUUUCCCAUUCCCAACAAUGACAUUCUAGUAAUAAAACAGCUUCCUCCCUUUUCCAGUGCCCAAAGACAGGGAUGCAGAGGUGUGAGCAAGUGCACCAGCAAUGUCUCCUGGAGCUGCACUGCCCUGGGGAGACACUGUCACAUCUGGGUCAACCUGUUUGAGGCUUCCCAUGGAAAUGUAGCAUUUUGACUCUGUUACUGAAUAUCUGGGGUCAUGUUUGACCUGUUCUUGAAACGUCUGCUGCUUGCUCUUCCCACAGGACUUGCAACUUGUCCAUGCCUUUGUUUUGUCAUUGCUUGGGUUUGAUUUAGGCA